AUGGACAGGAAUCAAAUGCAAACGACAAGAAAGCAGGAAUUUGCCAGGAUGGAUUCCUGGUCAAAGCACAAGCACCUGAUCGACAGCUUCGUCAAGUACCACCGGAAAUCUGACGAGACCUCGCAACAACAAGAUAAAUCCUACAAGACGGAGCGGGAUAUCCUAGUGGAGAAUCACCGGUUCUUAAGGUCAGAGCAGGAUGAUCAGGACUUGGCUUGGGAGGAGCGCAUUGCGAAAAAGUACUACGAUAAACUAUUCAAGGAGUAUGCGCUCGUGGAACUCAAGUACUAUAAGGAAGGCCGUAUCGCCAUGCGUUGGCGAAACGAGGGCGAGGUUUUUCGCGGCAAAGGACAAUUCACUUGCGGAAACUUACAGUGUGAUGAAUUGAAGGGUCUUCAGAGCUGGGAGGUCAAUUUCGGAUAUGUGGAACAGAGCGAGAAGAAAAACGCGUUGGUCAAGGUCCGACUCUGCGAGAGGUGCUCGCACAAACUCAAUUACAAGACGCCGCAGAAACGGGCUGCUUCCCAGCAAGAUCCCUUGGUCCUCGGUUCUGCGACCAAAAGCGAUGGGAGAGCCACGCACAAGCGAAGGCUAUCAGGAGAUGGCGACCUUAGAGAUGUUGGGCAGGACAAGGAACGGAAGAGACCAAUUGAUAUAAACGAGCCUAAGGGGCGGGAGAAAAGAAGUCGAAGCCAUGAUGGCAGUGGCGAUGAUUAUGACAGACACUAUUCGCGCGAAAGAUCUCGAAAUUCGUCAAGGAGACACAGGGAAGAACCACGAUCGAGCCGGAGUAACAAUAGCAAGGAUACAAAGGGCCAUAGUAAUCAUCAAAGGGAUAGAGGAUCGUCACGACCAUCGAGGGUACCAGGCGGUGAAGAGGGUGAGAAGCAUACUGAAACCCCAGGUCAAGGCACAUCAGAGGGGGAUGGAUCCAGGCUAGAUACAAGGGCGAUCUUUGAAGGACUCUUCAAGUGA